AUGAGCUCUAGAUUUGGCAAUCGCAGAAAGCCCCGCAAGAUUGGCGGGGAUGAUGAGCAGGAGGAUGGAGGCGCUGCACCAGAGCCAGUCGUCAAGCGCCCAGCUGCCUCUAAGCCGAAGCAAAAGUCGAAAUUGCAGUUAUCCUUUGGUCCCGAGACGUCAAUGAACGAUGGAGAUCAAGAGAGCAACGUGAUCCUACCGAAACGCCUCGGUUUGGGGCGCAAGGCAAUUGAAAAUAGCGCCAGUCAGAUCCCCCCAAUCGGGCAAGACCCAGACAGGCCUACCUAUAGCCACGACUACUUGAAGGAACUUCGUGAUUCCACGCCCUCAACCCCGAAUAUACAUACCGACGACGAAACCAGCAAGGCUGUGGAUGUUGCAGCUAAGUUUGGGGAAAUUAUGGCUAUCCCAACACAGGCCCACAUUCCCAGCGAAGCCGAAAUUCGGGAGAAAAAGGCCCGACGCGCACGUCUGGCUAUGGAACACGGCGCGGAGGACGACGGUUUCAUUUCAUUGGACGCCAACGAUGCAGCCAACGCUGAUGACUGGGAUGCGGUUGUACGAGGAGAUAAAGACUCCACAGAAGCCGAAAACACAAGACUUGUUCGGGAUGAUGAGGACUUUGCGGAAGGAUUCGAGGAGUUCUUCACAGAGGAUGGCAAGAUGGCGCUGGGGCGAAAGGCAGAGCGCGAGAAGAAGCGGAAGGACCGUGAAGCAAUGCGCGACCUCAUUGACGAUGCUGAGGGUAUAUCUGAUGAAGAUGAUUCUGACGUGGAGGAAAAGGCUGCCUAUGAAGCUGCUCAGGUUCAUGCCGCCAUGGGUCGUGGCAAGUCAAGUGGCAUCGAUCGCCCGAAAACCCCUCCUAAGGUGACAUCUCUUCCACGGCUUGCGAGCAGUUUUGAAAGACUGCGCAUGUCUCUGGCAUCCAUGGAAGUCGCGAAAACACAAAUGAUCAGCCGGAUGGAGGAGUUGAGAAAGGAGAAGGCAGAUAUCGCAAUUCGGGAGGUGGAGAUCCAGGCGAUGAUCAAAGAAGCCGGCGACAACUACGAGCGACUUAAGAAGGAAGCUGGUGGUGAUCCAACUGCAAAGCUCGACUCUUCUAGCGGGGCUCUGGAAAAGCCUCGGGGAUUGGAGAAUAUCGGUGCUCCUGUGCCUAUACCGAUAAGGGAUUCGUCGAUGGCGGAUUCCUCGGAUUCCAGUUUUGAGGAUUCUUCGUAG